AUGAGUAACAGUGAGUGGAACGAUGCCGAGGCAAAUGUCCUCCCCGAGAAGAUUGAGAAGAUGGAGCAGAACGGCGAGCUUCCCAAGGAUACAAAGAGAAAGCGAAUUGUGGUAGUUGGACUGGGUAUGAAACUCAUGAAAUUCGACGUAAAACGACGAGAGUACGAUAUCAUCGUCAUUGGAGAAGAAGCACAUCUUGCGUACAACAGAGUUGGCUUGACCAGCUUCUUCCAACACCGACUGGUCGAAAACCUCUACCUGAACCCGGAAGAAUGGUACUCAUCAAUGCCCGAGGGUUCAUUGAACUACCACCUCAACACCAAAGUCACAUCGAUCAACCCGGAAGAAAAGAAGGUUGAAACAUCACAAGGCACAACAGUGCCAUACGACAUCCUAGUUCUCGCAACUGGCUCCGAUGCAGUGUUACCUCGCCACACUCCUGGACACGAUGCCAAAGGCGUAUUCGUAUACCGCACGAUCGAAGACUUGGAGAAGCUCAUCGCAUACUCCGCCACGAAAAAUGGAUCUGUCGGUGCUGUAGUUGGUGGUGGUCUACUCGGCCUUGAAGCCGCAAAAGCUAUGAUGGACCUCGAGGAGUUCAGCAAAGUCAAGCUCAUUGAGAGGAACCGCUGGGUGCUGAGUAGGCAGCUCGACGGCGACGCUGGUGGCAUGGUCGUCGAACAGGUUCGAGCUUUGGGCUUGGAUGUGCUUCUCAGCAAAAGAGUCGGAAAGAUCAACGUCGAUGGUGACAACAGUGUCACUGGUGUGACCUUCGAGGACGGCGAACAAAUGGACUGCACAUGUAUCUGCUUCGCCAUCGGAAUCAAGGCUCGUGACGAGCUUGCCCGUGCAGCUGGCAUCAAAUGUGCAGACAGAGGUGGUGGCAUUGUCAUCAACAACGACCUUUCGACGUCAACGCCGGACAUUUACGCCAUUGGAGAAUGCGCCAGCUGGGAAAGCCAAACCUUUGGUCUGAUCGCGCCUGGCGUUGAGAUGGCCGAUGUUCUUGCCUUCAACCUCACGCAAGCCAAGGCUCAUGCUCCUCGACAAUUCAAGCGACCAGACCUGAGUACCAAACUGAAGUUGCUCGGAGUCGAAGUUGCUAGUUUCGGUGACUUCUUCGCUGACCGUGAUGGCCCGCAAACGCUCCCUGCCAGGCGUGGUGCUGGGAAGAAGGAAGGAACCACCGACCAAAAAGACCAGGUCAAGAAGCUCACUGACGGCCCCGCACCACCUCCUGUCAAAGCCCUGACCUACAAAGAUCCAUUCAACCAAGUCUACAAGAAAUAUCUCUUCACAACAGACGGAAAGUACUUGCUCGGCGGUAUGAUGAUUGGAGACACCAAAGACUAUGUCAAGUUGGUCCCUAUGGUCAAGAACCAGAAGCCUCUCGAGGUUCCUCCUAGCGAGUUCAUCAUCGGUGCAAGCAAGGGUGACGAUGAUGCUGAUGAUCUCGCCGACGAUACACAGAUCUGCUCGUGUCACAACGUGCUGAAGGGAGAUGUUACCAGAGCAGUCAAAGACGGGACCUGCAAAUCCAUCGGCGACGUCAAGGCAUGCACCAAGGCCGGCUCUGGCUGCGGUGGCUGUAUGCCCUUGGUACAGACCAUCUUCAACAAGACCAUGGCUGCCAUGGGCAACGAAGUCAAGAAUCAUCUCUGCCCUCACUUCGAGUACUCGCGUGCCGAUCUCUUCAACAUCAUCUACGUCAAACAACUCAAGACCUUCGAAGAGAUUAUGAAGCAGUGUGGAAAAGACCCUGAGUCACUGGGUUGCGAAGCUUGUAAACCGACUAUCGGAUCCAUCACUGCUUCUCUCUUCAACAGGCACAUUCUUGAGAAGGAUGUUCGUGGUCUUCAAGACACCAACGAUCGCUUCUUGGCAAACAUCCAGCGCAACGGUACAUUCUCUGUUGUUCCUCGUGUGUCAGGAGGCGAGAUUACUGCUGAUAAGCUCAUCAUCAUCGGCACCGUCGCCAAGAAGUUCAACUUGUACUGUAAGAUUACUGGAGGUCAGCGAAUUGACAUGUUCGGUGCCCGCAAGCAGGAUCUACCGGCAAUUUGGCAAGAGCUAAUCGACGGUGGCAUGGAGUCGGGACACGCCUACGCCAAGUCGCUGCGCACUGUAAAGUCUUGUGUAGGAACCACAUGGUGUCGCUACGGCAUCGGUGACUCUGUCGGUAUGGCUGUCCGUCUCGAAGAGCGCUACAAGUCCAUCCGUGGACCUCAUAAGAUCAAGGGUGGUGUCAGUGGCUGCGUACGUGAAUGUGCAGAGGCACAGAACAAAGAUUUCGGUCUCAUCGCCACGGAGAAGGGCUUCAACAUCUUUGUUGGUGGCAACGGUGGUGCAAAGCCCAGACACAGCGAGCUUCUGGCCAAGGAUGUGCCUCCGGAUGAUGUUGUUCCCAUCCUUGACCGCUACCUCUCGUUCUACAUUCGAACUGCCGACAAGCUGCAAAGAACAGCUCGUUGGAUUGAGAACCUGCCUGGAGGUAUCAAGUAUCUGCAGGAAGUCAUCCUCGAAGACAAGCUCGGCAUCUGUGCCGACCUAGAACAACAGAUGGAGCAGCUUGUAGGCUCGUUCUUCUGCGAAUGGACAGAAGUGCUCAAGUCACCUGAGCGUAUGAAGCACUUCAACCAGUUCGCCAACACUGACGAAGCAGUGCAAACUGUUGAAGAGGUCAAGGAGCGCGACCAACAUCGCCCAACGUACUGGCCCAAAGACUCCAUCACAACCGACUUCCGUGGUACAAAGUGGACCGACUUGUCGUGGCAACCUCUUGCGCGCUCCGAUCAGUUCCAAGACACCGCAACAGGAAGCUCAUUGGCUGUCAAGCGUGGCGACACACAAUUGGCCAUCUUCAAGGUCAAGGGUCAAUACUACGCCACACAGCAAAUGUGUCCUCACAAGCGCGCAUUCGUACUCAGUGACGGUCUCAUUGGAGAUGACAUGAAGACGAACAAACUGUGGGUCAGCUGUCCUUACCACAAGCGAAACUACGAACUCAAGGGCGACGACGCCGGCAAGUGUGGCAACGACGAGAGCGUCAACAUCGCUACCUUCCCGGUCGAGGCUCGUGAGGACGGAAACGUCUACGUCAAGCUGCCUCCUAUCGAGGAGCUUGACUCGGUGUUGGGAACUAGCAACUUCAUCGUCAAGAAAGACAACGAGGAGCAGCCUUUCGAGAAACUUGACAAGAAGAUCCUCAAGGGCCAGAAGGGCAAGUUUGUCAGCCACUUGGAAAAUGGCAUGGGUAUGAAGGUAAAGGCAAAUGCCAUCCUCGCUGGUGGUGAGAGAAGUGGUGGUAUGGACUGGUAA